AUGGCCGCCACCGUCGAAGCCCCCACGGAGACGAUUGCGAUCCCCGAGAGCCUUCUCUCGCAUGAUUCGUUCCACAAGCACGACAAGGUCAAGCAGCUGCACCAGACGCACGGCGGCAUCCCGCCCCACGACGAGCACAUCCAGCAUGCGCUGAACUUUGCCAACGAGGUCGCCAGUGCGACCGUCGAGCCGGGCACCAUGAAGCGCGUGGACCCGAGCCCGCGGCGCGACGCCCGCGUCUUCCGCGGCCAGCUGCUGGGGCACGUCGACGCCUCCCCCGAGCGGCCCCGCUACCGCUCCCGCACCCGCCAGCCGAGCUUCACCGGCUCCACCCGCCCGGACACGGUGAAGGAGGAGCAGACGUCGGAUGCCGGGUCGGCCUAUGGCGACAAUGCGAUGCAGCCGACCAAGUACGCCGACCACCGUCCCGAGACUGGGCCCGGGCAGCGCCCCCUCGGCCGCCGCGAGGAGCGUGACCAGGAGGAGCAGGAUCAGAAGUUUAAUGCUUUCUCGGAGCGCGUCCUGCACCGCAUGGCGGGCGACCGCGCGCAGAGCCGCAGAGACCUCGAGGCGCUGGAGCGCCGCAUCGAGGCCAUCGAGGCGAGGACCCAGAACAAGGUCAACGCCUACCUCAACAAACCCCUCGUUGCCGUCUCGAACGGCAAGUCGCCCAUCCCCCGCGAGCUUCCGUCGUUCGAGCGCCUCAAGGCCGGCCAGGUCGUGUCCUGGAUCGAGUACUACACGGGCAAUCUGCCCAAGCUGCAGUGGUACGAGGACGAGAAGGGCCACCGCGCGCAGCACGCCGACGAGCAGACGCUGAAUGCGCUGCGGGCGUGUGUGGGUGUGGACGAGAUUGUCACCUAG